AUGCCUGAUGUCAAAAGGAAUAUCAGACUGGUCACAGAACAGCAUGUCGUGAACAAGGAUUCGGGCGUUGAAGGGUUCCCUCUCCGAGCGUGGUCGAUUGAGAUCUACCUGCUCAAUGAGCACGGUGAGCAGGUGCCUGCCAACGUCUUCGAUAAGGUUGUGUACUCGUUGCAUCCCAGUUUCGGUGAUAGAUAUAAGCAGACCUUCAAGAACCCUCCCUUCAGGAUUGCGGAGGAAGGAUGGGGUGAGUUCGAUAUGCAGAUCAGCUUGUUUGCAGACAAGGAACAUUCCGUGCUACACGAUCUCAACUUUGCCCAAUCGCGCUACGAGUCGAAGCAUUCUAUCACGUUCAAAAACCCCAAGCCUGCUUUAUUGGCUCUUCUCCGUGAAUCGGGGCCUGUCCCUGGAGAUGAAAAUGGGGUGAAAACGAAGCGCUCGGCCGGAGCCGAUGAAGGGUCUAAGAAGAAGAAGCGGACGGAGAAGAACGUCGACAUGGAUAAACUGGCCGACGGUCUCCAGAGACUUGGCGAAGAUGACCUCCUCCAGGUGGUGCAGAUGGUACACGACAACAAGGCACCAGACUCAUAUACCAAGAAUGAUGUCGAGCAGGGAGAAUUCCACGUCGACCUCUACACCCUACCAGACAGCUUAAUCAAAAUGCUGUGGGAAUUCACGCAAGAAAAGGGAGCUCUGUAA